AAACUCGAUUUAAAUGGAAUCUUUACGCCCUGAAGACGUUUUAAAAUUCUUAGAUUUGGUUAAUAGACUUAAACAUAGUAGUAGAAGGGGAUGGGAAUUUUCCGAAAUAAAAAACCACGAACAAAUCGCGGGUCACAUGUACGCGAUGGGUAUCAUGACAUUUUUACUUGGAAACGAUUCCAAACUGGACAGAUUUAAAUGUUUACAACUAGCUUUAGUACACGACUUAGCUGAAUGUAUAGUAGGAGACAUCACACCUCACGAUAACAUUACUGUAGACAAAAAACAUGCUAUGGAAGACGAAGCUAUGAAAGAAUUGACAAGUUUAGUUGGAUCUGAAAUCGGUUCUUUAAUUUAUAAUCUUUAUAAAGAAUACGAGGCUAAAGAAACUCCUGAAGCGAAAUUUGUUAAAGAUUUGGAUAGAUUUGACAUGCUUUUUACAGCUGCGCACUACGAGCAAAGAGAUGGGACUCCAAAAAAGUUACAGGAAUUUUUCGAUUCUACAGAGGGGAAGUUUCAACAUCCUUAUAUAAGGAAAUUAGUUUUAUCUUUAGAACAAAGAAGAAACAGUGAAACUGUUAAUAGUGUUGAAGAAUCUAAUUCUUGAUAUGAUAUUGUAGGGAAAUAAAAGUACCUGAUUUUCUUCUCUUUUAUCUCAUUAUGUUUGGUUUUUAUAUUAUUUUAUUUUGCUCUUUUUAAGUUUGGUUUUUGUCAGUAUUGAUAAAUAUACUAUUUAAAAAUUUUGUUUCAUUUUUGUCCUUUCAUUGUUGAUUGCAUUUUAAUAAAAAUAAUUUUUAUAA